GAUGGGAAAAGAAUGGAGCUGUCCCAGCUCCUCAAUGAGAUCAGGGCAAACUAUGAACAGCUUCUCACCAGAAAUCAGAUAGAGACGGUGCUGUCCACACGGAUGCAGGUAAUGAUUUCAUUCAGCCAGGCACCUUCGGGAUAAGGAGACAGUCCAUGUCUCCCCGAGUCCUGUCCCGGCCUCUCUGAGCUAGAAGAAGAUAUAACGAAGAGAAUGGACAAGGAUGAGGAGGCUCUGAAGGCAGCUCAGGCAGAACUCAAGGAGGCCCGCCGCCAGUGCCACCACCUCCAGGUGGAAAUCGAGUCUCUCCACGCCGUGGAAAGGGGCCUUGAAAACUCUCUGCAGGCCAGUGAGCAGCAUCACCAGAUGCAGCUGCAAGACCUGGAGUCGGUGGUUGACAGAUUAGAGAAGGAGCUGCAGGAAGUGAGGUGCGGCAUCGAGAGGCAGCUCCAGGAGCAUGAGAUGCUUCUCAACACGAAGAUGCGCCUGGAGCAGGAAAUAGCCACCUACCGCCACCUACUAGAACAGGAAGAGCUCAGAUAUUAUGGUUGCAUCCAAGGAGAGAAAAAAGAAGAAAAACCUACCAGGAGUAAAGUCGGCUUUCUUCUGCCCUCAGCCAUUAUAAAUGAAAUAUCUUUUUCAACGAAAGUCUCACAAAAGUAUGAGAGUGAAAAUGGGGAGACCACGACCAAACAGGCAGUGUUAAAUGGAGACGUCGUGAAGGAGAGUGCGGAAGCUCGCGGCACCAUUCAGACAGAGAAAGUGGAUGAAGUUAUUAAAGAGUGGGAAGGUUCGUUCUUUAAAGAUAACCCCCGGCUGAGGAAAAAGUCUGUUUCUCUUCGAUUUGAUCUCCACUUAGCAGCCACCGAUGAAGGCUGCUUACAGAGCAGACAGGAUAAUCUGCCAGACAUUGAAGUCAGGCUCAUCAUGAGAAGAUCAUGUAGCAUCCCCUCCAUCAAGCCCCCGCCAGCCACCAACUAACCCAGAGAUAGCAUCUAUCAGACACUAGGAUGGACCCAGGCUGGCCAUGCCGAUGCCCAGCCCCGAAUAUAAGUUAUUCCAUGUGUACGGAUAAUGUUAAGAUGCUGUGGGCUGUGGAUCUCUUCAGAGAACACAUAUAAUAAGAGGUAAAGUUGCUAGGACUCCAAAGACGAGCAUAUUUUUUUUCGAAGGGGGAGUGCUUAAGAAUAAAUCAGAAAUUCAGUGUGGUUUCUGUUUUAUUUAUCAUCCAAAUAGUCUUUAUCCUGCUGAGUGUUAUCAGAAACUUGAAGGAUAAGGUGACUUGGUUAAGUCUGUAAUUUCCCUCCAUGACUGAACAUCCUCAGGAUAAUGAAAAAGCUUGUCUGGAUACUCAAGAGUUACACUGGGGGUUACUCUCCAUGGUUUCAGGACCACAGAACCUAAAGGGUUUGUUCUUCUACAAAGACAGCAGGCAGGAACAAACAUGUAAGGAGGGCCCUCCGUACUCUUAGCAAUUUUCCUUUUGAGACAAUCAUUUGAACGCUGGGAAUUGAGAAGCGGUCCGUCUGCGAGCAAUUCUAGAUGAAGUAUAGAGCACACCUCAAGGCUAUUUUGAUGAUUAAUAAAAUCGGGGUGCCCUAUCCUGAUUCUCUUACAAUCAGUAUCUGAUUUGCAGGAGAGUCAUUUCGUUGAAAGAACUGUAAAAGUUGUAUUCUUACACACACACGACUGCACAAACAACAUUCUAAAGCUAACUGAAAAGGUGUCCUCUAGUUACUAGGACACCCAACCGCUCAUCAUCUGAACUCUUCCAUCCAAAACGCCAUGUUAGUAGCAUUGGCUACAGCCUUAGAGAAGGUCCUCUCUGAACUAGGAGAAAGAGUUCUUACAGUCAUUUCUGUGAAGUAGCAGCAUAGCAUCGCUAGCUGGGCUAAGAGUGUCUGCGAGACUUGUUCUCAAUUGUUCAAACUGUAAUAAAGGUGUAAAACAUUUAUGAAUAAGUGAAGAGUUGUUGCAACAUUUUAAAAAACAAUAUAAAUUGUUUAAUGCAGGUAUAUUUGAGACCUUAGAUAAUAAAUACCUGUUUUAAGACACUAGAUGGUUAUAGGAUUUUUUUUCCCUAAACAACAGAAGGAAUACAAACCACUGUUCUGUUUCCAGCUGAAGAAUCAUAAGGGCUACAGCUAUGCUAGCAUUUUAGUGCAGCCUUCAAAAUCAAUCCCCCAUCCCUCCCUCUCUCCACAUGCGUGUACAUAUAUGUAUAUAUUUUGACCAGUAAAUAGGCUAAAGCCACAAAGCAAUUGUUAAGUAACUUUUAAUAUAAUACAGGGAUUUAACAUGUCUUUUCUUUCUAUUACCUCAGGUUCCUUUUAGCCUGACUCACUCUGUUUAGUAGAAAGGAAUGAUGUGGUUUUAUCAAGGAUACAGCAGCAUAUUAACUGCUUAUUCUUGCAUAAGCAUCUGAACUAAAAUUGCAUCCUGUACAUAAAAAUGUGUCUUUUGGGCUAGAGGAAUAGCAGGGCGGCACUGAGUCUGGACCUCAGGACAAAAAGGGAAAAUUUCAUUCAUCAUCAAAUGCUACAACUUUAUUAAAGCUCUGACAUGCAAUCAUAUAAGCUGUUGUACUGGUUACUGUCCUAUUCAACAAUGACUAUGGUAAAGCGAUACAUUUAGUGUAAUCUACUGCCGUACUGUUAGUACUGGGCAUUGUGAAUUAACAGCUUGCUAGAGAAAUCCCACUAUGCAGCUAUUGUGUGUAUAACAUGCAGUUCUUGAAUUUGUAAGUGAGUUUUGUUUGCUUGAAAGCAUUUUAAAAUUGGAAUAUGAAUUUACCAAAGUAAAUGAUACCGCUAUAAUAAAAAAAAUUGAAA